UAAUCAUUUGAACUGGUACCCUAAGAGAAGUUAAUCGCUGGGUUGAGUUCGGGUACCAGUAGUCAGAGGUAAUGUCAUUAUAGUUGUCAACAUUGAACGGAUAUCUGUAAUAUAGCAGAAGUUGAACAAGUCAACUGGCGAUUGGACAGAUGUGUCUCCUCCCACAAGUCAACUGACGAUUGGACAGAUGUGUCUCCUCCUACAAGUCAACUGACGAUUGGACAGAUGUAUCUCCUCCCGUUUGCCCUGUCGCUGACAACACUCGUAGUCCAGGGCGGACCAACACCCUGCCCAAACAACACCCGUUACGUUGCCAUCCCCGGGGCAGUGGGUGGGGAGGUGAGGGGACAAUGUGAAGAAUGCCCUACAUGCGACGGGGGUGGAUUCGUGUUGAAUAGGACUCUCUCGAGGCAAUACAACGCGCGGUACGGAUUCCAGUCUUGUCAUCCCUGUGACCCUUGUCCGCCACGGUACUUCCGAGAGGCACACUCAUUUCCGGUUUGCAACAGGUGCUCCAAAACCUGUUCAGCGGUGAACCGGUACGAGUCUCAGCCGUGCGGCGGCUCCUCGCCUGGUCACUGUGGGGAAUGCCUGCCCGGAUUCAAAGCAAUAUCGAGUUCUGCGGAAGGAAUGUGCGUCUUAAGAUCGAAACCGGAAGUUACAGAAAUCCAGUCCUUAUCACCGACAGCAAAUAUACCGGAAUUCUCUACUUUUUCCAAGAACGUGCAGAUUAAUGUGAGCGCGCAUGCCAGUGUACAAGUCGGUUCUAUUUAUUUAAUGGUUGGAGUUGCCGUCUUCCUGGUGGUUAUUGGAGUCAUCACGUACUUCAAGUGUCGACAUCACGCGUCAAGAUGCAAGCGUUCACAUGCAGGGACUGAAGUUAUCGCAGGUGAGAGUGCAGUUAAAUUGAUCAUCAACAGCGAUGAAACAUUCGAUGGCGGUGUGGAAAUAGAUGGGAAAAAGGAUGACAAAGUCCGUGGAGAGAUGAUAGAAGUGAUAACUAUUUGCGCAGACGAAGGAACUGACGCAAUUGAAGGUGAGAGUACAGUUAAAUUAAUUGACAGUCAUGAAACACUGGGUGGCAGCGUGGAAAUAGAUGGGAAAAGGGAUGAAGAGGUCCGUGGGGAGAUGAUAGAAGUGAUUUCAAUUGGAGAGGAUGAAGGCUUAAACCCUGACCAGUGUACACCGACGAUUAACAUUCCCAAUAGGAAAUUCGAAAAGGACCAAUUCAUGACAAACUGCUUUAUGUGUCUGUCUAAAAACUUAUCUCCCAACCAACGGAACGUCUUCUUUCACUACCUCGGACUCGAAGAAAGCGAUUAUUUGCCUGAGGAAGAGCUUUGGAUGAGAAACCCGGCUGAAACAUCACAUGCCGACUUUGUGUACAACGUGCUAAAGGUUUGGUUUCAGCGUCAUUAUGACAACGCCAAUCUGCCGACACUUUGCGAAGCUCUCAACAAAGCUCACUGUGGCUAUAUCGUAAAUAAACUCGCUCAGAUUGUGACACAGCUUGGACAACUUACAGAACCAAAGCAGGUUUCUUGACCAUGGCCAGUAUGUUCUUUCCAUAAAUUAUUGCGAUUGUCACCCCAUUAAAUAAGUAUAUUUUUUUAGAAGAUCUGAAAUAUGAACAUUUUAAUACUAUCGCGCACACUGUGUAAUGUGAUUAAAGAGAAUUGAACAUGAUCGUUAACAAGUGCAUUGGUGUAUACUAAAUUCUGAAAUAUUUUAUUUAAUGAAAUGGAAUAUUUAGCUUCUGUUAGAAAAUGGUUGAUAUUGUUUGUUAAAGUGUGAAUACAAAUGUGCAAUGUGUAAUGUUGCAUUGUAUCAUGAAAUUAAAUUUAUUAAGUUAAGUAGCUAAGCACCAAAGAACUGAUAAUUUUCAUGCGGGGAUUCGAUUUAAUGUCCUUUUUCGUGUACUUUGUUUUGUAAACACCUUGGGUAUACGUCAACAAUGGCGGGUUUUCUGUAUUGUUUUUGGAGGAUCACCUGAGCACACUGUUUAAAUUUUGAACUAUUCUAGUCUGUCACUGUUUGUCAUCGUCGUCUUAGCAACAAUUUACUUACAAUAUCUUCACAGCUGUAACUGAGUAAAUGAAGAUUAACCACGUUUACAUGGUAUUAAUACAUUUUGCAUGUUAUCACUUCGUGUUUAAUUUGUUUUUUCAUGUCCCCUAUGGUGAAUUGUCUUCCUGCUUUUGUUUAGUUAUUUUUAAAUAUGUUUAUAAAACAAUAACACUAUUGUUUUUAGUAAGAAACGUUCGAUUUUUAAUAGCAUGCGUGUGUUUAUUUUGAAGUUUAUGGGGUCCUUAAGGCUGCAUUAUGUGUUGAGACAAACUGUGAUACCUGAUACCCGCCCUGAUACUUAAUUUCCAUACUAGACUCACAAAAGUAGGGACACAUAUUGAUAUAUAUCUGCAAUCUAUAGCUAGUUUGUUGUUACGGAAAAAAAUACAAUUUUGGAGUGGUAUUGUGUUGUGGGGGUGGGGGUAGGGAAGCUGGAUUUCCAAGAAAAACACACAUGUUCGGUAUGGUGACCGCCAAUAAAACUCAUCGUCUUCCGGGGGUAUCGAACCCGGGUCGCCUGGCGAGAAGCACGUGUACCAUCCACUUCGCUAAUCGGAGAGCCGUUUUUAGUACUUUACUUAUUUUUGAACAAUAACGGACUAUAAUGUGCAACGUAUAACGCAUGUAUUAAUCAAAUAAUGUGUUAACCUUUUUGGUCAUGAGUAGUGGUCUAUUUUUUCUGCAAAAUCACUUUGUAUGAUGUACUUAAAUACUUCUCUGCUAUGAAGUGAUUAUAGUACCAUUUAGUGAAUGUAUUUGUAUCUUGUUAUAAAAUCCAAAAGUUUUGUACAAUUUAACUUUUUCCAUUUUCGUGUUGCAAUACUUGCGUAAACUUAGUAUAGUGCAAUUCUUUGGCAACAACAAAAUUGGCAUGUGUUCUAAGGAUUUUUGCCACUGCAUCGCGUGAAAAAAAACGCCUUUGCUUUUAAACCGUUAACUAAUCUUAAAUAUCCAAAGCACUUGUCCAGAAAAACUUCAUUAUGUUUUAUGCGGGGCAAAGUUGCAGAUUCCAACAUUCCUUUUGUUUUGUUGCUUUACAAAUAUUAGGCAAAUCCAAUAAACAAAUACUCACAUUGUUGUCGUCUGAUUGUUUUGAUAUCUUAAUACUGUUUCAAGUAUACACGCUUGUACAAUACGCAUAAUAUUUAUUGAUGCUCAUAUAGUUUUGUAUUUUCGUUACCCUAUUUGUUAUGUUUUGUUUUAUAUGAAGAAGUAAAUAUUGCAAUAAAAAUACACAAUCUAAAAUAUGUUAGUUUGCCAUUUGUUAACUAUAAUGCAAAUGAAACAUAUAAAAUAGACAACAAAACGUGUAUUUAAUACAGAACUUUUUCAGGAUAUUGAAAUAAAUAUAUACGGAGACUUACCAUUUCAAUGUUAGUGACAAAACACCAUGGCUAUAUUUUGGCGAACUGUCUUGGGAUUGUGCGACAGGUACGAACAAUAAAGAUAACAAGAGCUGUCAGAGGACAGCGCGCUGGACUAUUCGAGUGUUUGGCAGUAUAACGUAAGCCAUCAUGGGGUAAUUGUUCAAAUUAUU